ACGGGUGAUGCACAACUCGCAGGGGGCCGGUUCGCAUGAGCGCGGGUAGCUGCUGCGCAGACGCGUCGUGGUGGUUGCGCGCGGUGGCCGCGGCGCUGAGAGUUUGACGAGAUCGUCACGUGGCGAGACCCAAAAUAAACAGAGCUCUGUGAUGAAGAUCGCGCCUGCCACUCGGCUGCUCUCGGCGCCGUGAAAGGCAGCGGAGAGGGGCUCGCGUCGCGCCGUCGUUUCUCAAAACCGAGCCGCCGCUGGUCAAAGCCGUGAGCGUCGUCUUCUUAACGCCGUUACCACCAGCACCACCACUACGUAACCGGCUUCGUUGCUACUACUUAUACUACUACUACCACCAACAACACGAUCACUUCUGCUAACCUCUUCUAUCCUGCCAUCAUCCUGUACCCCCGCCCCCUCUAUAACCAUCCCUCCUCCUCCCCCCCACCCCUACCACCACCCAACUCGCCUUUCCUUCCUUCUCCUUUCCACACUUUACUCUCUCUCUCUCGCUGUGACUCUCACUCACACAUUCUCUCUCUCUCUUGCUCUGACUCUCACUCACACAUUCUCUCUCUCUCGAUCUGACUCUCACUCACACAUUCUCUCUCUCUCGUGCGCUCCCUCCCUCCGCUUCUGCAAAUAUUCGCCACACUGGGCAGUCGAUCUGACAACGAGCAAGUGCCGCCUCGACAAAGCCCAGCACCGCGCGUGAAGGCGGCGAGCCGACGGGCAGACAGGGCACCGUUUUGUCCGAGCGAGGAGAGGCGAGUCGGGCAGAGCGCGAGAGAAAGUGAAGCGGGUGGUGGUGGUGAAGAGCGCAAGAGAAAUCCGUAAGAUAACGAGAAGAGCGCGCAAGAGCAGCAGGAGGAGGAGGGGCAGUAAGAAGGAAGCGAGCCAGAGUCAGGGAACGAAAGCGCUGCUGUGCCACAGUAAACUUUGCGCGCAUCAGCACGCGGAUAGCGCUGCUGGUGCCAUCAGCGCCCGCGCCGCGUCGCGAAUGUAACCCGACUCCGUGUUUAUCCACCCUCGCGGCGAGCCGACGUGAGGCUAAAAUCUCCCAACCUUUUUUUUUCUUCUUCUCUCUGUUGGGGUUGGAAGGGAGAGGGAGGGUGGGGUGGUGGUGGUGUGCUGCUUCGUAAUUUGGAGGGAGAUCGGAAAUAUAUAUAUUUGUGGACACAUGACGCUCUCCGGCACCACGAGCAGUUGUAGCGGCGGCGGCGGUGGAGGAGUUGGUGGUGGUGGAGGAGUUGUUGGUGGUGGAGGAGUUGGUGGUGGUGUCGGUGGUGGCGUUGGAUGCGGGAUGUCUGCGCAUACCGUGCUGCAUCUCGCCGACGACGCGGACAUCGACGUGGUGGGAGAGGAGGAGGAAGAGGAGGAAGACGAGGAGGAGGAGGAAGAGGAGGACGACGAUGAGAGGCGAGCGAUUUCGCGGAACCCCGCGCGGGACGGACAACUUCGCGCCGAAGACAUCCGCGACGUGGUGGCCGGAAUGGGACGGGUCGAGGCGAGCUCGGCUUCAGACGUCAGCGGCGUCGUUGACGUUAAGGCGGCAGCAGCGGCAGCAGCAGCCGGGUGCAGCAACAGCAGCAGUAGCAGCAGCAGCAGCAUCAGCAGCAGCGGCGGCGUUAUCGGCACGACAGCCGUCACCGGUGCUGUUGGCGUCACGGCCGGUUCGGCGAAACCCAAAGCCGCGUUGGUGAAGCCGCCCUACUCAUACAUCGCGCUCAUCACCAUGUCCAUCCUGCAGAGCCCGCAGAAGAAGCUGACGCUGAGCGGCAUCUGCGACUUCAUCAGCAACCGCUUCCCCUACUACCGCGAGAAGUUCCCCGCGUGGCAGAACUCGAUCCGACACAAUCUGUCGCUCAACGAUUGCUUCGUGAAGAUCCCGCGCGAGCCGGGCAACCCGGGCAAGGGCAACUACUGGACCCUCGACCCGGCGUCCGAAGACAUGUUCGACAACGGCUCCUUCCUGCGCCGACGCAAGCGCUUCAAGCGUCAGCCACCCGAGCAUCUUCGCGAGCAGGCGGCCUUCAUGAUGCACGGCCUCGGCGCCUACGGACUCGGCGCGUCUCCCUACGGCCGCGCCUACGGUCUGCACGCCGGGCCGCACGGCUACGCUCACCCCGUGGCGUUGCACCACCAGUACUCGCCCUACGUGUCCCCCGUGGGGACCCUGCUGCCGCCGGCGGUGCCACUGCUGCAGGCGGGUGAGCUGAGCCUCAACAAGGCGUUCAACGCGCAGCUGGGGUCCGCCUUGCAGAUGCAGUUGGGGUCGGCGGCGGCGGCUGCUGCUGCGGCGGCGGCCGCGCUUGAUCGCGGCGCCGGAGAUUCGUUCGGCGGUGGCGGUGGUCGUAAGUCGGAGCAGGCGGCGACGGCUGCGGUGGCCGUCGCGGCUGCAGCGGCUGCAGCGGCCGCGUCUGUCGGGGUGAGCCGACCCUCGUUCAGCAUCGAGAGCAUCAUCGCGGCGACCAGUAGCGCCGCCGCCGCCGCCGUGUCUCCAAGCGCGGCGCACGUGGCGUUCGCCGCGCAGGUUCAGCAUCAUCAUCAGCAGCAGCAGCAUCAUCAUCAGCAACAGCAGCAUCAUCAUCAGCAGCAGCAGAGGCUGUGCGGCGUGCAGCCUUCGGGCAGAGUGGCCCAUCACGCAGACCUGCCGCCGGGCACUCUGUCGCUGGGUCUGGGGCCCGCGAGCCUCUCGGUUCACGGCAGCGGCCUCAUCCCGGGACACUUGCAGGCCACGCCGGUCACCAGCGCAAACGCGAUCAUCAAGUGGUAACUCGCAACCAACCCCGCUACUGUUCGAGUCCGCGGACAGCUGAGUUCGUCUACGGACGCGCAUCUGAGUUAAUCUAUGGGCGUGCAAAUUGAGUUCUCCGCGUGUUGCGCGGCUGUGUUAAUACAGAGCCGCGCGUGUCGCGUUUCGGGGAGGGUUUAAUUGCGACGGUGGCGUUUUGUUUGUUUGUUUGUUUUUCGACUGAACGCAAAUGUGCUGCCUUUUGUUUACUUAUUUAUUGGCUCACUCGUGUAAAAAAAGGCUCGUUGAGAUAUCGAGGCAAAUAUAUCAGCAGGGGUUCAUGCUCCACUGGGACAACACCCACGGUGUUCGCACAGAUGGGUUGUCGAACCCACUUGCCGCAUCGUCGUCUGGCCGGCUCGCGGCCCAUCGGCGGCGGGUCUGUGGAGUGUCUCCGAUCUCUAACGUGUCCACAAACGCUGGCCUCGGCCUCCGAGGCGUAAAUGUAAAUACUAAAUAUAUAGAUAUAACUAAAAAAUAUAUACUAUUCGUAACCUAUACUAAUUUGAAAACGGUCGUCACAUUAAUUCACUUUUAUUACAAGUUGUCCUAUGGAUGACUAACCCCAGUCAUAGUAACGUGGAAUUUCCACCAAUGGCACAGCAAUGAUGAAUGCCGACUCGGAGCUCGUUCGAGCCGAGAGACGCGUUGAGUUUUUAUUUUAAAUCUACAUCAACAAUUCUGCUUUCAAAUCGUAAAUUCUUACUUCAUCAGCGCCAUCGUUCGCAUUCUCAUCAGCAGCAGCCGCGCCGCACGGUGAAGCCUUCCUCGUAGUUUAUUUUACAUAUACAUCAACAAGUCCGCUUACCUGUUCGUCAACUCCUGCAUCAUCAUAACAACAACAAAUCAGCACCAUCAUCAGCAGCAGCAAUAACAGCGUCAUAAGAAAACCAUCGUCGCGUGUAAAUAAGCGUGCGCUACCACCACGAUACAUGGGCAAUCACUGCAGGUGACACCAAUUUCAGUUUCCCCUUUGGCCCGUGGACUCCCUUAUCAAACUAUCGUUCGAUUCUGACGCCCGCUGAGCGUGAUUGUAUAUUGCUGUUGUUGUUGUCUUUUUAUAUUUGACCUUGCGUUCGUCCAGUUUGUACACUCUCCCGAACUCUCACACUGUUGCAGGAAUAUCUAACGCAACUCUCCGACGUUUUUGUGGUUUUACCGUUUGGUGCCGCGUGGCCAACGGUUCGAAAACAUUGUCCGACGUUCCGCUCCAGGUGCUCAGAGAGUUUUUUUCAGAAAGCGCUCGCGAGCCGCUUGGCGUAUACUCCCAACAUCGCAUACAUAGUAUGCGUAUGUAUUAAUUGAGCCGGCGACGUUCAGUUCCUCGCGAAGCUCCGAGCACGCAGAGUAAAACGUCGGACACCACGCGGUACAAUGCGCGUUACAUCAGUAAAACAUCGGAGAGCCGCACAGCGCAAACGCGACCGUUUUCCUGAAUACGAAUUGUAUCCCGAAUUGGUACAUUUAUUUUCUAACGGAACCAGUCUCCUUCGCUGGCAAAAAAAAAAUGUCUGGCGAAAAAAAAAAUGUUAACGAAAUCACAUUCCUGUUACGUAUCUUCACCGAAAUCAAUUAAUAUUAAACACCGCACUGCAUAGUCCACAGACCGAUAUUGGCCUUUCUGGACUUGAAGUCAAUUAAUUGGCGACAUUUCGGUGCGCAACAAAGCGAAGACGACGUCGUGCGGUAAAAGGUGUUUUGGUCGAGCAAGCGGGGAGGGCCUUCAUCCAGCAGUGGAUUGACGGAGGCCCCGUGCAUCGCAAGUGUUGUGCUGGCAUCUCGAGAAGCGGGCGUAAUGCGUAUUUAGUCGUCGCAAUACUCGAUCGAUUCAUCCCAACGUGCCAAUGAGUCGAUGGAUUCAAACUAAAAAAAGCACACGUCGGAUUGUGGACGUGAAGAUACGCAAAAGAGGUUGAUUUGUUAUAUUUUUGGAAUGGUUAAAUUCUUCCGUAGCCGUCCCCAUUCCGUUGUGGUUUUAUGAACGUCAAGUGAACGAAUUCGUUAUAAAAUGAUAACAAUGACUGUAUUAUUAUUAUUUAAACGAUAACAACGAUUUUAUAAUAUUUUAUUUUUUGGGCGGGGGAGGGCAAGGGCAAGUUUGGUUUUAUUUAGCAAGCAACAAACUACGUACUCCAAAGGCGUGCUGUAAAUACAAUGUAAAUUAUACAGAUACUACGACUAUGCUAUUUGUGAAAUGCUACGCGCUAUAUACAUACGUUGAAUUUGCUGAGCUGUUUUGAACUCAACACACCGCCACGGGUUUUAUAACGAUACGUUAACCCACGGUUGUUCGAAUUGCGUUUCGUUGACCAUCGCGUUAUUAGCAUGAAGCGAUUGAUGUAGAAUCGGGCCUUCGGUUUUUUUUU